CAGCUGGGCGCCACCAUGAGCCUACGAAAACUCAGUUUCAAAUGGUUCGGCAGCCUUACCAACAUCUCUUUCCGCCGCUCCACCGAGAAAUCGGACUCGAAGGCCUCCAAGUCCAAGUCUGGAGAUGGUGGUGAAUGUGAGGAGAAGUUGGGUACAGUUGUUGAGACGACGCUGGACGACCUGGGGGCAAUGCGUCCUCGCACGGCCAGCUAUGUGCGCUCCAGUGAGGACUACACACACGUGGGCACACUGCCUCGGCUGCUGAUGAGGAAGAGGGACAAAAGCAGCAAAGGAAUUGUGAGCAGCAGCAAAAAGACUAAAGACAAGAGCAGCAUCGGCAGAAGUCAAAGCCAGAGACCUGCGGGAGACAGGAGGGAAGAUUCACAGACACCCGCACGUUUUUUGUCCAAAACGUUGGAGGUUAAAGCAGAAGUCUCAGCUGACACUGGGCUGAAAGAAAUCCCUUCAGCUGAGGGUAAGCAAAGCAUCCAGGGUGUUUCUUCAGCCAAUUCACAGACCCAAGUCCAACCUGUAGAAGAUGCCACAAUCAACCAGAGCAUCCUUUCUGGACCAGCUGCUGCCGGUGUAGAAGUGCUGCCAUCUGGUGGUCCAGAUGCAGCACUUCAGUUGGAGGAGAGGAAAGUAUUGAACCCCGAAGAGACUCCUGAGAGCCAGAAGAAAGAAGAAAGUGUUGAGAGCGAUGGAUUAGAGCUAAAAGAGGAAGAAGGAACUUCAGAAAUGAAGGAUGAAGACAACGGCAUUUACUGUCACAUGAAGCCGACAGAAACCCAGCCAGAACAAGUUCAGUUCUCAAAGGAGAAAUAUCUGUUGGAGUCUCCUCCUGAGAAACUUCGCAAGGAGCUGGAAGAGGAGUUGAAACUGAGCCCUGCUGACAUCAGGAGCCAUGGCUGGUACCAUGGACACAUACCCAGAGAGGUGUCCGAGUCUCUGGUUUUGAGGAACGGUGAUUUCCUUGUGCGAGACUCUCUGACCAACGUUGGCGAUUAUGUUCUGACCUGUCGGUGGGACAAUGAGGUGCUCCACUUCAAGAUCAGCAAAGUUCUGGUGAAGUCCAAUGAGACUAAGGUGCAGUACAUGUUGGAGGCGGACGGCUUCGACUCCGUUCAGGAGCUCGUGCGCUUUUACGUGGGCCAGCGCAAGGCAGUCUCCCAGUCCAGCGGCGCCCACAUCUACUGUCCCGUCAGCAGGACUCUACCUCUGCGCUACCUGGAGGCGACCUUCGCCCUGUCCAACAGCAAGCACGGCUCCGCCUACUCGCCGUCCAGCCAGAGGGGGGCGUACAUCAAGCGACGGAGCGUCACCAUGACCGACGGCCUGACGACGGAAAAGAUGAUGCCUCACAGUGACUCAGACAGCCCCAGUCCAGUUGAGACACCAGUGGCACCGCCAGAACCAGAGCCGGAGCCUUUGUCCAAAUGCAGCCCGUCAACCAUCCACCACCAUAAAGACGCAAUGCGCAAUUGUGCGAUGAGCAUGGACCAGAUUCAAGAGUACCGCUGCCCCUUGUCGCCUGUCGGGGAAACCCCGCUGUCUCCAGCGUAUAGUGCUGUCACCAGGCAGAGAGCCCACUCAGGCGGACGGGUCCUGGCUGUCGUCCCUCCCUCCCCCGCCAUGCGCCGUUCCAGCGAACCUCAGCUCAGCCCCUCGGACGGCAGCACUCCCGCAGAGUAUCCCGCGCAAACUUCUCACUCGGCGCACUCGUCGCCUGCCCAUCAUCCCCACUACCAACCGCACUCCUCUGAGACGGCGGGGAGUUACUGUGACCUGAGACCCUGCCCCUCGGGGCCGCCCAAACCCCCGACUAAGAGUUACGUAGAGCGGCUGCGAGUGGAAGAAGCGAGGAAAGGUGAAGCCAGAGAAGGAGGAGAGGGGACAUUCAGUGCCCCGGUGGUGGAGUCAACGUCCUUAUUCAGGCCAUCCAGGUACGAGUCUUGCCUUCUUCCUGCUGAAAACAAGCCUCUGGAGAUGUCCGUGCUGAAGAGAGUGAAGGAGCUGCUGGGCGAAGUUGAUGCCAGUACCGCAGCUAAACACAUCACCCUUGUGGACUGCAAGGUUGCUAGAAUAUUAGGCGUUACGGCAGAAAUGCAAAGGAUGAUGGGAGUGUCCUCAGGGUUGGAGCUACUGACUUUACCACAUGGGCAUCAGCAGAGACUUGACCUGCUGGAGAGGUUCUACACCAUGUCUAUCAUGAUGGCCGUGGACCUCCUUGGCUGUACGGGAAGCACAGAGGAGAGGGCGGCCCUGCUCCAUAAAACCAUCCAACUAGCAGCCGAACUGAAAAGCAACCUGGGAAACAUGUUUGGGUUUGCCGCUGUGAUGAGAGCCCUGGAGAUGCCACAGAUUUCCCGCCUGGAGCAGACAUGGGUGACUUUACGCCAGAGGCAUACAGAGGGUGCUAUUCUGUAUGAGAAGAAACUCAAACCCUUCUUGAAGAACAUGAAUGACGGCAAAGAAUCCGGUGUCGUGUCCAACACCUCCUUCCCCCACAUCCUCCCUGUGCUGUCGUUACUGGAGCGGGGCGGCGCCGUCGGGGAGGUGCUCGAGCCCUGGGAGAGCUCGGAGGCCGGAGUGGACGUGGUCAUGCACCACCUAGAGGCUGCACGUACCAUUGCACAUCACGGGGAGAUCUAUAGAACUACUGCUGAGGCCAAACUGCAGGGAUUUCAGGAGCGAGCUGAGCUACACGAGGUCUUCCAGACGGAGUUCCAGAUGCGCCUGCUAUGGGGCAGCCGCGGCUCCGAGGGCAGCCAGUCGGAGCGCUACGAGAAAUUCGACAAAGUCCUCACCGCGUUGUCUCACAAACUGGAGCCUCCCGUGCGCCACAGCGAGCUAUAGCACCUGCCCUGAGACUCCAGCUCGCUAAAACACUCUUGUUGCACUUACCGCCCACAGUGGUAUGGUUUUGUUUUGUGUCGGAAAGGAUGACGACGAGGAUGAUGUGGAUGAGGAGGCAGCUGAACGUGCACAAGAACAUUUCCUUACCUAGAACAUGUGUUGCACUCACUGUGGAACUGAAAAAAAAAAAAUCUUGUGUUCUUCCCUGUGGACUUACCUGCUAAAAUAUUUAAAUCCAAGGGAAAAGCUCUUUGAUGGGAACAUGCGUACGGUGGGCUCUGAGGGCCAAACGAAGCCGCAAAAUUGGGCUUCGCUCCACUUAAACGUAAACACACAACUGCUGUCACUAACUAUAGCCGAGAUGACCGUAUUAUUUUACGUAGCUCAUGAGAUGUUUAGUCCGUGUGAGUAUGCGCGCCUCAGUAAGCGCACUCCUCCAAAUUCUGUUUCUGUUGUUUUAUUUAUCCUUUAAACAAAAGAAAAAAAAGAAUAUCAAAACACUGUGGCCAUUCCUUCAUGACGCUCAUAAGAAUCUCUAAGUGCUAAUCAUGAGGGAACCCUGCUAAUAAAACCUCAUUUAAUAUGGAUCAAGCAAUCCCAUUGUAUCCCAUUAAAAAUGUACCAGGCAUGCAUUAACAAAUGCAGAUUCAAUGCAACAACUUGAAUGUGAGAGCUUGGCGAGGACGAAGUGACCUUUCAUCUCUUCUGGCUGGUUAAUCCAUUUUGAUAUCGUGGGUCUUGUGCACAAAAAGUAGCAAAAAAGGGCGGCACCAUGAAGAACUCAAAAGUGGAAUGUAUGCAUUUUAAAGCGACGUUUCACUCAGUACGGGAACAUUUUGGAACGUGUUUCAGUUUGUAAAGCUUGCCAAAAUGGAUGAUGCAUGCGGCUGUAAAUGUUACACCAGGUCAAAGGUUGCUUUAAGAACAAUUUAAAGACAGUGUGUCGGAUAUAUGAAGUAUAAAAAGGAUUCUGUUAUAACGUGCUGUUUAUGCGCAGAUGUUUUAAUGACACUGGACAGGCAGGGAAAGUACAAGUCCAUCUCAAUAAAUUAGAAUGUCAUUGAAAAGUGCAUUUGCUUCUAUACUUCAGUUCAAAAAGUGAAAGAAAAUAUGUAUUUAAAUAGAGUAAUAGCAGAGUCUCUACUGAACCAGCAAACAACAGGUCUUUGGACGACUGCGGUUCAGUGGGAAGCCCUCCUUUAAUUUAAACGUUGUGAGUUGGAUUCCAGCUUCCUCCUGCCACAUUUCAAUGUGCCUCUGGGCAAGGCACUUAACCUGAAGUUGCCUAUAGAUACGCGCAUGAAUCUGUUCACAUGUGUGACUGUGGCUCUAGUGUAAAGCACUUUGAGUGGUCAGUAUUGACCAGAAAAAGCGCUUUAUGAAUUAAGUGCAUGUACCACUGCUAGAGAGCUGGCUGUUCAUAGAGUAGGCCUACUGCCUCGAAGUAUGGCAAAGGAAAAUUUAGUGGAAGGAAGACAGUAGAAAUAGGUGCACAAGCAGCAGGGAUCUUUGCAGUCUUCAUCUCAUUUAAGAGCUGGAUGUGGACUGUGGCUGGAGUCAAUAGUCCCCUUCAGCUCAAAGCUUCUCAACAAAUGCCCAGCCACAAACCGCCCAUACUUUCCCUUGAUCACUGGCAAUGCGCGCCUUUAGAUAAUACUACCACAAUUUCGCAAAAUUACUCUGCAUAAGGUGUGCAGGGGAAUAUACAGUGAGAUGUAACAAACAAAUGUAGAUCAUGGAACAAUAGGAUGAUCUGACAGGGAUAUUAGCUGUGGUAUUCCUUAUGUUAAGCUACUUGGGAUCCAAAAACUACUCCAAACGUGUCUCACAUGAGUUAAGGAGAAAAAAGGACAAGACUGUUGUUAAGUUUCCCAAAAGACUGGCGGAGAGCCACAGAACCCAAGUUCUUUUAGUUCCAGUGUGGCGUGUCCACAGUCAGGGAGGAUUUGCCAUGCUCGUUGGUCUUAUUCUUUAAAAAGAAUUUGAAAUGAGGGCUUUUAUUAGCUGGUAGCAAUAAUAAUCAAAAUUAACAGAAAUAAGUACUUGUGUACCGAUGACUCUACAUCUUGCUUGACUUUCACUUUUUGAAUUGACCUACAGAAAUAAAUCCACCUUUUGACGGGAUUCCACUUUACUGAGGUGCAACUCUAUGCCACGUUUACUUUAUGUUCAGUUUGAAUGAUGUCUGUAUGUUUUUCAAACUUGUGUUCCAGCAAUAGUGCUAAAAUAAUCAGAGCAAAGGCUGUUUUAGUUUAAAGUGUGUUUGAUAAUUCAGUCUUUUUUUUUCUUCUUCUUUUUUUUUUUUUCUGCUGUAAACUGGUCUGAGAGGGCUGGAGCCACCUCUCAGAGCUAUGCAAUCAUUUCAGCCGGGAACCCUCAAGAUAUUUAGGGAAUCAUAGUGUUUAGUUUUAGUUCUCAGAAGGGUUAAUGGAAGCCAAAUCAGACAUCAAAUCAACUCGACAGUGGAUGUUGGAUCCAUGAUCUAUUCUGGAGUCUGCUGUACUAAUCAGAUUUGGAGCCAUGUGCCACUUCCAACAGGAGGGGGCGAACUUUAGUCAGCAAAAAAAAAAAAAAAAAAAGGAUUAAAGACAUCACACAGACGCAGGGAGAAACGAUGCAGAUCUUGCUUGUUUUGUGACCAAGAGGAUACCUACUGGUUUAGGUUUCACUGACAACAUUGAUUAUGAUGAUGAUGAUAAUGAUGUGAAGUGCUUUUAUUUGUAUGAGGUAAGCAAAAAAAGUUAAGAGAUGAUUCAGGACUGAUCUCAUGUUUUUUUGUACUGUACAUAUUAAUUCACUUUUUCAAAUAAAACAAUUGCUUGUGUUGA